AUGGCUUCGUCCAUGGACAAUGUGGCCGACAGCACAGAGCCAACAAAACGUAUGCUUUCCUUCCAAGGGUUAGCUGAGUUGGCACAUCGAGAAUAUCAGGCAGGAGAUUUUGAGGCAGCUGAGAGACACUGCAUGCAGCUCUGGAGACAGGAGCCAGACAAUACUGGUGUGCUUUUAUUACUUUCAUCUAUACACUUCCAGUGUCGAAGGCUGGACAGGUCUGCUCACUUUAGCACAUUGGCAAUUAAACAGAACCCUCUUCUGGCUGAAGCCUAUUCAAAUUUGGGGAAUGUAUACAAGGAAAGAGGGCAGUUGCUGGAAGCAGUUGAAAAUUACCAGCAUGCAUUGCGUCUCAAACCAGAUUUCAUCGAUGGUUACAUUAAUCUGGCAGCUGCCUUGGUAGCAGCAGGGGACAUGGAAGGAGCAGUGCAAGCUUACAUCUCUGCGCUUCAGUACAAUCCUGAUUUGUAUUGUGUUCGCAGUGACCUGGGGAACUUGCUCAAAGCCCUGGGUCGCUUGGAAGAAGCCAAGGCAUGUUAUUUGAAAGCAAUUGAGACACAACCGAACUUUGCAGUAGCUUGGAGUAAUCUUGGUUGUGUUUUUAAUGCACAAGGGGAAAUUUGGCUUGCAAUUCAUCACUUUGAAAAGGCUGUUACCCUUGACCCCAAUUUUUUGGAUGCUUACAUCAAUUUAGGAAAUGUCUUGAAAGAGGCACGGGUUUUUGACAGAGCUGUGGCAGCUUACCUUCGUGCCCUUAGCUUGGGUCCAAACCAUGCUGUGGUUCAUGGCAACCUGGCUUGUGUAUACUAUGAGCAAGGCCUGAUAGAUCUAGCAGUAGACACCUACAGGCGAGCGAUUGAACUGCAACCCCAUUUCCCGGAUGCUUACUGCAACCUAGCCAAUGCUCUCAAAGAGAAGGGCAGUGUCCCCGAAGCAGAAGAUUGCUAUAAUACAGCUCUUCAACUGUGUCCCACUCAUGCAGAUUCACUGAAUAACCUAGCGAAUAUCAAACGAGAACAGGGAAAUAUUGAAGAAGCAGUUCGCUUGUAUCGUAAAGCAUUAGAAGUCUUCCCAGAGUUUGCUGCUGCCCAUUCAAAUUUAGCAAGUGUACUUCAACAGCAAGGAAAACUACAGGAAGCUCUGAUGCAUUACAAGGAGGCUAUUCGAAUCAGUCCUACUUUUGCUGAUGCCUAUUCAAAUAUGGGAAAUACUCUAAAGGAAAUGCAGGAUGUUCAGGGAGCCUUGCAAUGUUAUACUCGAGCCAUUCAAAUUAACCCAGCAUUUGCUGAUGCUCACAGUAAUCUGGCUUCUAUUCACAAGGAUUCAGGGAAUAUUCCAGAAGCAAUAGCUUCUUAUCGUACUGCUCUGAAGCUUAAACCUGAUUUUCCUGAUGCUUAUUGUAAUUUGGCUCAUUGUUUGCAGAUAGUUUGUGAUUGGACAGAUUAUGAUGAGCGAAUGAAGAAGUUAGUCAGUAUUGUGGCUGACCAGUUAGAGAAGAAUAGAUUGCCUUCUGUACAUCCGCAUCAUAGUAUGCUCUACCCUCUUUCACAUGGCUUCAGGAAGGCUAUUGCUGAGAGACAUGGGAACCUCUGUUUGGAUAAGAUUAAUGUCCUUCAUAAGCCACCGUAUGAACAUCCAAAGGACUUGAAACUGAGUGAUGGUCGACUGCGAGUAGGAUAUGUGAGUUCUGACUUUGGGAAUCAUCCUACUUCUCACCUUAUGCAGUCUAUUCCAGGUAUGCACAAUCCUGAUAAAUUUGAGGUUUUUUGUUAUGCCUUAAGUCCAGAUGAUGGCACAAACUUUCGAGUAAAGGUGAUGGCAGAAGCCAGUCAUUUCAUUGAUCUUUCUCAGAUUCCAUGCAAUGGAAAAGCAGCAGAUCACAUCCAUCAGGAUGGAAUUCACAUCCUCGUAAAUAUGAAUGGUUAUACCAAGGGCGCACGAAAUGAACUCUUUGCUCUUCGGCCAGCUCCUAUUCAGAUAAUGUGGCUGGGAUACCCUGGGACUAGUGGUGCACUUUUCAUGGACUACAUCAUUACUGAUCAGGAAACAUCACCAGCUGAAGUGGCUGAGCAGUAUUCUGAAAAGUUGGCUUAUAUGCCCCAUACUUUCUUUAUUGGUGAUCAUGCUAAUAUGUUUCCUCACCUGAAGAAAAAAGCAGUCAUUAAUUUCAAGUCCAAUGGACAUACUUACGACAAUCGGAUUGUUCUGAAUGGCAUCGAUCUCAAAGCAUUCCUUGACAGUCUGCCAGAUGUGAAAGUUGUUAAGAUGAAAUGUCCAGAUGGAGGAGAUGAGGCUGACAGCAGUAGUACAGCUCUGAAUAUGCCUGUCAUUCCUAUGAAUACUAUUGCAGAAGCAGUUAUUGAAAUGAUUAAUAGAGGGCAAACUCAGAUUAAAAUAAAUGGAUUCAGCAUUAGUAAUGGGCUGGCAACUACCCAGAUCAGCAAUAAGGCUGCCACUGGGGAGGAGGUUCCUCGCACCAUUAUCGUGACCACACGUUCUCAGUAUGGGUUACCAGAGGAUGCAAUCGUGUAUUGUAACUUAAAUCAGUUAUAUAAAAUUGAUCCUUCUACUUUACAGAUGUGGGCAAAUAUUCUGAAGCGGGUUCCCAAUAGUGUGCUCUGGUUGUUGCGUUUUCCUGCAGUUGGAGAACCUAAUAUUCAGCGGUAUGCACGAAAUAUGGGCCUGCCCCAGAACAGGAUCAUUUUUUCCCCUGUUGCUCCUAAAGAGGAACAUGUAAGGAGAGGCCAGCUGGCUGAUGUUUGCCUGGACACUCCACUCUGUAAUGGACAUACCACUGGGAUGGAUGUCCUCUGGGCAGGAACACCGAUGGUAACCAUGCCAGGAGAGACUCUUGCCUCUCGAAUUGCAGCAUCUCAGCUCACUUGUUUGGGCUGUCUUGAGCUUAUUGCUAAAAAUCGACAAGAAUACGAAGACAUAGCUGUGAAGUUGGGAACUGAUCUAGAAUACCUGAGGAAAAUUCGUGGCAAAGUCUGGAAGCAGAGAAUAGCUAGCCCUCUGUUCAACACCAAACAAUAUACAAUGGAACUGGAGAAGCUGUAUCUACAGAUGUGGGAGCAUUAUGCAGCUGGCAACAAGCCCGAUCACAUGAUUAAACCCGUCCAAGUCACUGAGUCGGCCUGA